AUGCAUGUCGUCGCGCACCAAUUCGACUAUUUUCACAUGUACUGCCUCAUCGACCAAGGAUCUACGGCGACAGCGGCACCAGCGACCCCAUGGAGGCGGCACCGAAACCCUAGCUGCUACUGCUCUCCCCUGAGUCCCCUCCUCAUCUCCUCCCUCAUGCGAUGCUCUGUUUCAUCUUCUUUUCUCAAACCUCCACGAGUCAAAUUCGACCGGGAAAAAGAAACACCUGCAUACAUAUCAUCGGAUGUUCAAGCUGGAGGAUGUGGCGAUGGAAUAUGGUUCAAUGAGAUGAAGAAAGGUGUUGAUGUCAAGUACGAGAAUGAUGGAAGGAUCUUGUGCUAUAUGGCAUGGCUGGCUGACGUUGGUUGGCAAAACAAACCCCAUCAUACAGUUGGUCGGGAAAAACUAAUGCGAGGUCCAACAGAAUGUUGGUCGGCAAAGAAUGCCAUGUCUCAUAGUCGGUCGGGAAAGGCCCAUGACAGCCCCAACGGAUUGUUGGUCGGGAAAGAAUACUCUGACCGAUAG